GGCGGCCGACGUGGACUUCGGGGCCUUCAGUUGCGUGCACUUCUGGAUCGAGGACCGGGGCUUUGGCUCGGAGGUGAAUAACUUGGUCUCGGCGGCCAUCGCCUGCGAGGAGCACGGACUGGCCUGUGUGGUGGAGGAUGAAGUCUGGAACUCUGGGCGGCUGCACACCUAUUUGGAGGCUGAGCCGCUGAUUUUGCGGCGCUGCCCCCAUGCGGUCUGCCGGCCCUGCGAUGUACGCCGCGACCGGAGGGUAGCGACACCAGGUUGGUUUGCCGUUUGCAAGCACGCCAGUCGCGUACCCUUCGCCAAGAAGUCCAAGUACAUGCGGCGCAUUUGGCGCUAUACCAGCGAGACCAAGAAACGGAUCGAGAGGCUCAACGAGGAGUUGCGCUUGCCGGAGUCCUUCAUCGCUGUGCAGAUCCGCCGGGGCGACAAGGUGGCCGGCAAUCGCAAGGAGAGUGUCUCCACCACAGGAUUCGCUGAUUUGGGCGGGCGGGUGAAUGGUGUUUUGGGUGGGUGGAUGGUGCUGGUGUGUGCGGAUGAUAUAUUGCCUGACGACCUUUGACUGCCAAGGACAAAUGAAGGUCUGGGACUUUCUGAUGUUAUACGGUGACUGUGCUGGACCUAGUGAAUGCCAACCUCUGGUCAAGAACCGCAGACACCAAACUUGCCCAGAGUGAAAGGAGCGCAAGGUAGAUCACUCUGUGUGAAGACUUGGAAGAUGCUUCAAGUGAGGAAACAAGUUGGGCAGUGUUGUGCAAGAAAAUAGUGGGGCAGCAACCAUCCACCAGUCUUCUUCUGUUGUAUGUGAUUUGGCAGAGAACCCACCAACGGUGGGGCGAGAUUUGGGCUUUCCAAGCAGUAUGUUCACACAGAGGUGUCCUGAACAACAAAAACCCUGCUCAACCUGGUACAAUCAAGCUACGUAUGGUGGGAUAUUGCCAGAUUGGAUUUCUUCCGUCAUGGUCUUGAAGUGGAGAGUUUUGAGCACAUGGAGGCCCACUUGAAGGAGCUUAGGUGGAUAUGGAAGUUGCAAGAUCACAUCUCUCACUGAGCUGGGCCUGCAACUGGUCUUUGUCAGAUACCUAGACCAUCCGGAUGACCCUUAGAUAUCUCCAACAGGGUGGAAAACACUGGUGGCAACCAGUGCACCACCUGCAACUGGGUCCCUGCACAGCGGAUCUCAGAGGGUUCUUUGGAAUUCCGAAAAUUGUCAUCCAAAGGCCUUUUUCCAGUUCCAUGGUUAUUCCAGGCAGUGCAAUAGAUCUCCCCUGGGACACUGGUAGAUUCCAAAUUCUUCACCAGGGCAUCUCUCGAGGCUUCUCUCGAGGCAGAAAUCCACUGUAGAUGGCCCAUCACUGUAUAGUUUGUCACACUAGAUGGUCCAAAGACCAAAAAGAUCCCACAUCCACUCGAUCGAUGAUGAACAGAUGGUGAGUCCAGAUGGUAUAUGCGAAAAGCAAGAAGAUUCCACAUCCACUC